AUGAGCUCUUACGACCACGAUGGCGUGGAGGGGGGAUUCCCACGUCCACUGAGGUCCUACGAAGGAGGGGUGGGAGGACCCCGAAGACCAAGGCCGGUUACCGACUAUGGUUCUUCGAUGGUUCAGUGGAUGCGCGUGCGCCAGCCUCGAUACAAAGGAUCGCAUAAGCUAGAAAGGGAAAGACCCAGCGCAAGCUACACCGUGGAUAUGCUCCCUCCCUUGGCCGGAAUCGAUUCUCCUGUUGACUCUAUCCCCGUUCGACAUUUGCACCAAUCCAUCGGCAAAUCGAAGAAGCCUAUUACAGUCGUAAGGUGGACGCCAGAGGGCCGACGUUUGCUGACAGGUGGUCACACGGGCGAGUUCAUGCUCUGGAAUGGUACGGCGUUCAAUUUCGAGACUGUUAUGGAUGCUCAUUACGAUCAAUACCAAGCCGGAGUAACAUCAGCAGCCUGGUCCCACAGCCACGAUUGGCUGAUAUCCGGCGGCCAAAAGGGAGACAUAAAAUACUGGCGGCCCAAUUUUAACAACGUUGAGACCGUCGACGACGCCCAUCACGAUGCCGUCAGAGACCUGUCAUGGUGUCCAAGCGAUACCAAAUUCGUCUCCGCCUCCGAUGACACGACGUUGAAAAUAUUUGAUUUCACGGCGCGCCAAUGCGAAAUGGUUUUAACUGGUCAUGGCUGGGAUGCCAAAUCUUGCGAUUGGCAUCCGACAAAGGGUCUCUUGGUCUCCGGGUCCAAAGACCACCAGGUCAAGUUCUGGGACCCGCGCACGGGUCGAUGUCUGACGACCCUUCAUAGCCAUAAGAAUACGGUUACAUGCACUCGAUUCUCACGGGUUAACAACAACCUACUCGCAACAUCUUCCCGUGACCAGAGUGCGCGUGUAUUUGAUCUCCGGAUGAUGCGAGACAUGUGCAUUCUAAGAGGCCAUGAGAAACCGAUAUCUUCCAUGACAUGGCAUCCCAUCCAUAGUUCACUUAUCUCUACGGGGAGCGAGGACGGAUCAAUUCACCAUUAUCUUCUAGAUGAGCAAAAUCUACCCGCUGGACAGGUUCCAACUGUUGCGCCCUAUGACAGCGCUGAUCCGGCUAAUACGCCAGCACAAGUCAUCUUCCCAGCCCACCGUAUCCCAUACGCCCACGCAUCCACCAUAUGGACACUCGACUGGCAUCCGCUUGGCCACAUUCUCGCAUCCGGGUCGAAGGAUAAUUUCACUCGAUUCUGGUCCCGCGCACGACCCGGUGAAACCAGCUAUCUGAAGGACAGGUUCCAUAUUGGCGAGGAGGCGGCAGAGGCCCAAGGAACGUGGAGUCGUAACUUUGGUCGCCGGCAGAUGAGGGAAGAGGAGGAGCAGGAACUCCAAGACGAGGCAGAGGGGCUUGUGGACCAAAAGAAACCGGACACGUCACUCCUUCCAGGUAUUCAGAGUGGUGCUGGCGGCGAAAAUAUGGGGAUUCCAGGGCUGAUCCCGGGGAUUGGAGCUGUCCAACCACCGCCCCCACCCCCGUCAGGCACACCCCAAUCCAUGCCUCAAGUGGACCCCAGCCGUCUAGCAGCUAUGGUUUCCUCUGGAUCGUUUCCUCUACCGCAAGGCGAUUUACCACCAAAUUUACGCCCGCCUCCAUACCCCAUACCUGGUAUGCACGGUGGUCUCCCUCCACACAUGGAUCUAGCAACUCUACAAGAUCAAUUUUUCGCGCAGCAGCAGCAACACCACCACCAAACAGGCGCUUUCCAGCAAAACCAAAAUUUCCAGUCCUCAGGGAUUCCAGGUGUUCAAGGCCCAACCAGUGACCAGAACGAAGACUCUUCGAACAGUGUAAGGAAACGCGGACCUUUGCCAAGCCAGCAAGAUAGCUUGAUGGAAGAACAACGAAGGGGGAACUGGCGAAAUAUUAGAUAA